AUGGCCACGAGUAGACACUGGCAUCCAUCAUUGGCGCGCAAAAAACUGGAUGUUUCCAGUGCGCAGAAGGUUUUUUCGGAUGCUCCUUUCUCAGUUUGUACAUACCUUGAUAAAAUGAUUGAUGACAGCCGUGUGGAUCAAAGUUCCAAUGCAACAGAAAACUGAGCGGAGGAAAAAUAAUAAGAACAGUACUUGCUAUGACAAACUUUUUUCUGUAUUCUGGCAUAAUUUUUGAAGUCGAACAUAAGCAAAAAUAGAUCGAAUCAAAUUUUUCGAUUUGAAAAAAAACUGAUUUCCGCUCCGUAAAAAAAUCGAUUUAUUUUUUUAAAAUUUUGAGAAAACCUUUAGCAAGAAUCGAUUUGAAGGUGUAACAAAAAAAAAUGAGAAGGCGCAAAAACUACUCGCCAAAGAAACUCUUUUCGCUACUUGGACGCUACAAGAUUGAUUAGGACGAACUUGUUCAGGGACACCGGCCGUACAGCUCGCAAGGUUCAAAAUUAGCGGAAGGAAAAGUUUCGCUCAAAAUUUUUUUACAUUUCAAAGUCUCAUAGUCACCGAUAUUUCGUGACAAAAUAUUGAGACUUCAUUGUAUUUUUUUCUUUUGCAUAAUUUUUCACUUCUUCCUUCUUUUUUUGAAAAACACAUUUUUUUCAAGUAUUUUUUUGGUACUCAAUUAUCUUUCGAAUUUUUUUCAUUCAAACUAUUUGAGUGGAAAAAAACGUUGUCUUCUUAUGAAAAAAAAUAGUGUAUGAAUAUCUUCUAUUUUUUUGAAAUUUGGUGUCCUCUUUAACUUUCCUCCCGUGGAAAGUCUUUUUUUCGGAAUUUCUUUUUUGAAACAUUAAAUCUCUCUUUUUCCUGUCAGAAAUUUUUUUAUGGCUUCUCCCGAUUCCGCAGUUUUUGUCUUUGAGAAAAAAAUGUGGGAAAAAUGCAUAAUUUUUCUCUUUUUCGCCCGUAUAAAAACUCUCAGAAAACAAAUAGGAAUCAUUCUUCCCCGGUCUUUCUUUUUGGCUCUAUACAAUAUUUCAUUUUAUUUUUUUCUUUUUGAAGUUUUUUUAUUGGUUAGUUUUUACUCUCUUUGAAGCAAGUCAGCUUUUUUUCAAUAAGAAAAAUAGCUUGGAAAGUAACAAUGAAAAAAAGGAAUAACUUUAUUUCAAAUAGUUUUUUUGACCAAUUUAUUUUUUUCGAUAAAAUCGACGAAAUAAAAUUUCAUUUACUAUUAUAUCAAAACCUUUUCAAUAUGAAAAGGUUUUCUGGAUGAACUUUUAAACAGUAACCUCUAUCGUUUGACGUCAAUGUGUGUAGCAAAAUUGGAAAUCUCUUUCACAUUCUCAACAUUAUUUGACCUCUUUUUCUCAAAACGUCUCGUUGGGAAACAAAAGGCCACUCCGUGAAAAUGCAAAUCGUUUCAUGUGAAGUUCGAGCAAAUAUAACGAAUCUAUUUACAUAUCGCUGAUCAUUUUUUGAAGAAACAUAUUUCGAUUUAUUUUUUCUUUGCAGGUACAGUAUGUCCUGCAUCACUACCUUCUUUGGGGAAACAUUGCGAAGCGUGUUCGGCAAGAACCAACGCAGCAGAUUCGCUCUUAAAGACGUAUGAUUAUUUCUUAACUAAUUCAUUUAUUUCCAUCUCAAGAAAUGAAAUAUUUUUAAUUUUUGAAUACAGUUUUGAUUAGCUUAAAAGUGUUUCAAUAGUACUAUAUUCGUUAAAAAACAUCAAUUUUGUUCUGUUUUUUAAAACUUGAGAACUUGAAACGGGAAAGAGUCGCAUUUAGAGAUUGAGAGAAAGCCGACAUUCCUGGUUUCAGGUGCCCGUUCUGGUUUAGGCAGAAGUUGAAUAUUCUGCACUUGGGUGUCGGAAAAGAACUGAACCAAGGAAAAUCAAAGAAUUUUCUGAAUGCUCAAUGCCGUAGCAUGUCGUGAGACUCAAACUGUCGAGGAACUGUAGAGAAUCCGAAAAAAGUUCAUUUUUUCGAUUUGAAACUAAUUUUCAGUCGGCGUAUCGGAGAAAGGAGAGGAAACGUCCGUUUGUCUGGGAUACAAACAUUCGACCAAAACCGACGAUGGUCAAAAAAGUUCGUUCGCGCUACAGUAACCCAUUCAGCGACUACAUGAGCGUUCGUUUAUUUCAAUCAUUAUUUAUUGAAGUGAUCUUAAAGUUAAAAACUAUAGAUGUAACUUGAAAUUUCUCAAAGAAGAACAUUGGUAGCGUCAAAACAUUACAAUAGGUCUGGAAUCUCGUCUCUCAGUGCAUCUGAUUUUAAUCUUCAUGAGCUUCACGAUGAAGAGUAUGAAGGGCUGAGAAUGUGCAAUUUUUACGUGAUUUUCAACAUCCUAAGGUUGAUAGUUUCCCAUUUCUUAGCCUCGGCAACCGUAGCCAACAAGAAAAUUCCUUGAUGAAAUGGAAAGACUCAAGUUUUGGCCAGUAAGCUAAUCUUUUCUGAAAAUCAUAAAAUAGCUCUGCAGAUUGUUAAAGAAAUGAGCGUUCCGAAGAAUUGGGCAUGAUUUCAGAGAAGAAAUGCCCAGAAGAACCAAGUGAUGAUGCACGGCUCGUUCCUCCAGCACAAGCCUUUCCGACUCCCUCCAAUCGCAGAAGUCGAUGAAACAUAA